UGCCUCGCGGCUGCUGCCCCCUCCUACGCGGUCACGCUGAGCCAGCUCCCGGGCCUGGAAUUGGGCUGCAGCCUCGUCAGCCGCGCCCUCCGCCUCCCGCCGCCUGAGGACCAUGGAUCCCCGCAAAGUGAGCGAGCUUCGGGCCUUCGUGAAAAUGUGCAGGCAGGACCCGAGCGUUCUGCACACGGAGGAAAUGCGCUUCCUGAGGGAGUGGGUGGAGAGCAUGGGUGGUAAAAUACCACCUGCUACUCAUAAAACUAAAUCAGAAGAAAAUAUCAAGGAAGAAAAAACAGAUAGUAAGAAGCCGGAGGAAAACAUAAAGACAGAGGAACCAUCAAGUGAGGAAAGUGAUCUAGAAAUUGACAAUGAAGGUGUGAUUGAACCAGACACUGAUGCCCCUCAAGAAAUGGGAGAUGAAAAUGUAGAGGUAACUGAAGAGAUGAUGGAUCAGGCAAAUGAUAAGAAAGUGGCUGCCAUUGAUGCCCUAAAUGAUGGUGAACUACAGAAAGCCAUCGACUUGUUCACAGAUGCCAUCAAACUGAAUCCUCGCUUGGCCAUUCUGUACGCUAAGAGAGCCAGUGUCUUCAUCAAAUUACAGAAGCCAAAUGCUGCCAUCCGAGAUUGUGACAGAGCCAUUGAAAUUAAUCCUGAUUCGGCUCAGCCUUACAAGUGGCGAGGGAAAGCACACAGACUUCUGGGCCAUUGGGAAGAAGCAGCACAUGAUCUGGCCCUUGCUUGUAAGCUGGACUAUGAUGAAGAUGCUAGCGCAGUGCUGAAGGAAGUUCAACCGAGGGCCCAGAAAAUUGCAGAGCAUCGGAGAAAGUAUGAGCGAAAACGUGAAGAGCGAGAGGUCAAAGAAAGAAUAGAAAGGGUUAAGAAGGCUCGCGAAGAACAUGAAAGAGCCCAGAGGGAGGAAGAAGCCAGACGACAAUCAGGAGCUCAGUAUGGCUCUUUUCCAGGUGGUUUUCCUGGGGGAGUGCCUGGUAAUUUCCCUGGAGGAAUGCCUGGAAUGGCAGGGGGCAUGCCUGGAAUGGCAGGAAUGCCGGGGCUCAAUGAGAUUCUUAGUGACCCAGAGGUUCUUGCAGCCAUGCAGGAUCCAGAAGUUAUGGUGGCCUUCCAGGAUGUGGCCCAGAAUCCAGCAAAUAUGUCGAAAUACCAGAGUAACCCAAAAGUUAUGAAUCUCAUCAGUAAAUUGUCAGCCAAAUUUGGAGGCCAAGCAUAAUGCUGUUUUGACAAAUAAAGAAAGCCCUUGCUGAAGGCAUAGCAACCUAGAUCACUUAAUGGAUGUCGCAAUAAUACAAACCAGUGUACCUCCGACCUUCUCAUCAAGAAAGCUGGGGGGGAGGGGGGCGCUUUGAAGAUCAUCCUUACCGGCUGCCCCACAUGCGCUGAGAUAUUUUACAGUGGUUUGCCAUUCAGGUAUUCAGAUAAUGUUUUCCUGUUAGGAAUUACAAACUUUAAACACUUUUUAAACCUUAAAAAUAUCUAAAAAGGGUGUGUUAAUUCCUACAUUUUUCUUUACUAAUCAUUUUGGUUUUUUUCCUUUGAAUUGGUUGGGUAAGGAAGAGAAAUUUAAGUAUGGAAGAUUUUUUACUCUAACUUGAGUAAAAUAAAGGUUUAUCAGGCAGAAACGAGUAUGAUCCAUUUCAAUAAGAUAAAGUUGGAAAGAGGGUUACUGACACAUUUUGAUCUUUUUAAAUGCUUUAUUUUAAAAAAAAAAAAAAAGAUUUAUUU